UCGGCUCAACACGUGCGCCGCGGCUAGCGGUGCGGUUUAGUUAAAAAUUCAGGAUGCAAAACGGCGGGGGACAUUCCGGCUGGGACAACUCAUCAGGAGGGGACCGACACCACUUCUUUGCCGAGGGGUACAGCCAGCAGCAGAGGCGCAGCGGUGGCGGCGGCGGAGGAAACCAGAGCCAGAACAAUAACAAUUGGUUGGACAGAGGAGCAGGUGGCCAGAAUGGGAACGCUUUCAACAAGUUCAGGGACUCCCAGCAGCCGCCCAACAAUCAGCAGCAGCAAAGCAGGAGAAGUGGCAGAAGAAAUAAAGGAGGAGGAGGAGAAGGUGGUGGUGGAGGAGGAGGUGGUGGUGGACGAAGAGGCGGUGGAGGAAGAGGUGGUGGUGGUGGUGGACGAAGAGGCGGUGGAGGUGGUGGAGGAGGUGGAGGAGGAGGCAAAGGCAGAAGGGGAAACAGGGGUGGUGCACGCAACAAGUCAUGGCACGGCAAGGACACGCAUGUUAGUCCUAGCCAAAGUGACAUGGUGUACUUCGAUAACGGGGGCGACUUUACCGACAAUCGCCCCCUUCCUAGCACCUCUCCUGCGCCCUCGUCUGUCAGGCAGGAGAGCCUGCCACCUGCCAACUUCAUUGCCAACCCACCGCCUCCACCUGAACCAGCACCUGCGGUCUCCAUUUCGCCAGAAGAACCCACCGUGGCUAUCAUCAACAUCAAGAAGGAGAAUGACCUACUGAAGCCCAAGCCACAAAGGAAACCGGUGGUCAAACCGGAACCCAAGUCUCCUCCAAAGAAGGAGAGCUCCUCAAGUUCUUCGAGCAGUUCGGAGGACGAGUCCGAGCCCGAACCAGGAGAAAUGGUGGGCAGCACUAAGACCGUAGUCGUGACAUCCCCGCAAAAAUCAAAGACUAGCAAGUCGGUCGUGGCAUCCACGCCAAAACCGAAGUCUGUCGAAUCCAGCUCCGACUCCAGCUCUGAUUCCGAUGACAAACACAGUCGGCCACCGGCCAAGAGUAAAAAGGUGCCGAAGGAAAUAAAGGCCGAGGAGGAUGUGGUCUGCAUGGGUUCUCAGGAGCGGAUGUUUACCAUUACCGAUGAGGAGGAGAGCAGUGAGCCCGAAGAGGAAGAGGUCAAGAAGGCAGGAAAAGGAAAUAACACGAGCAAAACCGUCGAUGUGUGUGGAAUCUGCGAUAGGAAGGGCCACACCUCCUUCCAGUGCCAGAUGAUCUGUCGGAACUGCUCCGGUAGGUAUCAUGGCCUCAAGAACUGCCCGAAUCCGCCCAACCUGAACAUUGCCAUGCAGUCGUUCAUGGAGUUUGUCAUGCAGCAGAUGACCGUUUUCCAUAGCGACCAGCGAUUUGCCUUUCCUGCUGGCACUGUCGCAGCUCCAGUUUCCGAGCGAGCUCCAGUCAAGGCCAAAAAGGACAAAUCUAUCAAGAAGGCCAAGAAGACGCCACAGAAACGGAUGAAGGUGGAGGCGAGAGAUCCAGAAGAGGAGGAAGACUCAUCGUCGGAAGCGACCGAAGCCAGCAGCGAGAGCGAGGAUUCAGAGUCCAGCGACGAGCCGCAACCAGCUCCUGUGUCCAAGCAGAAACGGAAGCGCGGCUCAAAGGCCCCCGCCGCAGCUAGUCUGGCACCUCCAGUGUUCCCAUUUCCACUUUUGGGCGCUCCGGGCGCCCCUUACAACUCUAUGAUGUAUCCCUAUGGGACGCCUUUCAGUUUUCCCAAAUAAGUACCACCUAAGUUUAUUGUAGAUGAUCGUACAAGCAUUAGUUAGUAUGUUAACAAGAUGUUGAACAGAAAA